AGUAAAUAAUUUUUCUUUCAUUUUCUCCAUUGUUUUUUCCCCCAUAUUCUCUUCCGCUCCGAAUCCAUCCCCAGGAAGAAGAGCCACAGUCCAUUCUCUGGAUUUCAUCAGAGCGGUCACCUCUGCCUCGCCACAGCCAUACAUCUGCAUUGAGUUUCCCCUCUUUACUCCGCACUUUUACUUUGGGGUUGAAUAAUGGAGUUGACUGGUUGGUGCAGAGAAAAAGGGGGGUUCUUCUAGGGGUUCUGAUGAUGGUUAAGCGGAGCUUCUUAACAUCCGAUUGAUCCCUUAUUGUAAUAAUAUAUGUUUGUUUGUCUUGGAUGCUGGGUGUUUUGCUCUACUUUCCUUCUGGAAAAAUCUAGGUCGCGUUUAGAGUUUCCAUGUCUGAUUGGAAGAAUAAUUUGUUUUGAUAUUUGGCUAGUUCUGGGUGUUUGGUUUGGUUGUUCGUUCUACAAAAUACAAUGAAGGAAGACACUAGAACAUAUGUGGCUGAGACCCAAGAUCUGAAUUUGGGGGCCGGCAUUGAGGAGCUUCAAUGUUCCGAAAUGGAUGUGGAAACAGGCGAGAAUGUGUUGUCAACAGGAGGAGGUGGAGCUUGUAGCUGUGGGGUUAAGAAGCUUAAAUUCAGACUUGCUACUUCUGAUUCAGAAGAGAAAUUUGGGCAGGGGAAGAAGCUUAGUAGACAUGACAGGAUGGAGUUGGGGCGUCUGUUUCAGACCGCUGUUAGUUCACAUGAUUGGGAACUUGCCGAGAAGUUGAUCUUAUUUAUUGAUCCUCCAACUCUCAACGAUGCAUUAUGCAUCGCUCUGGAUUCAGUUUGGUUUUUGAACACACACCAAGAGAUGCGUGGUAUAACCAGGUUGAUUAAAAAGAUUGUCUCAGAUGGUGCUCAUGACUUUACUCGUGCAAUUCUCCGGACUUCAUUUCUUGCUUCAUGUGUUUCUGCUUGUCAAAGCAGGACAAUGAGUCUUGGUAAUACUGUGAAUGUGAUGGCUCAAAGGUUGCACGAGCGACUACAAGAAUGCAAUGGAGAUGAGAGUUUGAAAGCGGAAGCAGGAUCAAAGGUUCAAAAGUUCACUGAAUGGGCUCUUAAUUGUAUAGGUUUUCAUUUGCGCUGCCAAGGAAAUGAGGGUACAGUGGGUUGCAACUCCGCUGCAGUGAUACAACUUCAGUUAUCCGCUUUCAAGACCUUUCUUGAUCUUGCCGGGAACAACCUUACCGGAAAGGACUUCACUGAAGCUUUUGAUGCAGCAUGCUUUCCUCUUACCCUUUUCUCUAUCUCAUCUGAUCCUCUAUGGUCAUCUGGUAUAUCAGCAACUGUUAUCCAGGGUUUGUUGGGGUUGUUGGUGGAUGGAGGUGCUGACAAUGUCAACCAGUGUUUCCUAGAAGCUUCACGUUUUGGAAGUACGGAGCUUGUUCGCAUCCUGUUGCAGGUAAAAUUAUUGGUCUGAGAAGCUUUGGGUAACUAAUCGACUAGAUCAAAAUGGCAAAUUAAACCUUCCUUGACGCAUCAAGUGUCUGAGAACAACCUUUGUGUUAUAUAGGGGUAAGAUUGCGUACAUCUUGACCCCAAGGCCCCAACACAGUUGGGAUUAUACUGGGUUUGUUAUUGCAUUGUUUGUAGUCUCUUACACAUUUUUCUUGGCCAUUUACUGUUUCUUUCUUAAUCUCCAUUUAGAUUUGCCUGAGUUUUAGGCUAUUUGUUGUGGAUAUUGUCAUUCUUGUUUCUCAUCAUUGUUGCUAUUACAUUAUCAGGAUAGUUUAUUAAUUUAUGAAUUGUCAUGCUACUGCUACAUCAGAGCCCGUACUUGUUUUUUGAAGGAACAUAGCACAUACUAACAGUGGUAUAAAUUUCCAUAUAGCCUCCUAGGAAUACCAUGUCUUUUGUUAAGACUUGAGUGGUUGAAAGAAGGUAAAUAAAUGUUCAAGAAAAUAGCCUUAAGUGAAGAUGUUAAUUGAAGUACUCCCUCCAUUCCAAAUUAAGAUGCUUGGUUUGAUGGGGCACGAAGAUUAAGAAAACAUGAAAUAACUCUUCCAAUAUACCCUUGAAAUUUAAUUCAACCAAAUUUCACUUUCCCUUAAAAUCUCAUUCAACUCUUGAAAUCUCAUGUAAUGUUGCACCACCGCUGCUUCAAGGUAUUUUGCCGCUGCACUGUCUAUAACUCCAACCCCACCCCU